GCUCUGAAGUUUCUUUUUCUUGGAUGCCUCUUCGAUUUUUGAUGACAAUAAUAUUGUGAUAAGUCUUCAGUGUUGCAUAUACCAAAUGUCAUAGUGAAACGAUUAAAAUGAGGAGCAGUAGUUCGGAACUGCUCCUAGACCAACAAGAGGAGCUACGAAAACGUAAAAUUAAAGAGCUAGCAGCAGCAAAGAAAGCAAAAACAGUUGCAGGGCGAUCAUGCAGAGAACAAGCUCUAUUUUAUUCUACAAGUCUGCUAGCCGUAAUAGCGAUGUCUGCAGGAUCGUCACUAUUAUUUUUGGUCCCCUUGUAUGUAGAUCCAGCCAUAUCAACUUUAGCAUCAAAUUUUGUCACAGAACCGGUCACUUGCGUUACUACUCGAAUAGAAGAAUUAAUGGGACUAGCCAAUUGUUCUUGGAGCUCUUGUCGUGAGGGUUGUACAAGUGAUGCAUACCACUGUACACACAUUUAUGUCAGUUACAAUGACAGUAAGGAACAUCCAUAUAACCAAACCGACGAUGCCGUACUUCUAGUAAAUAUUAAGGGAUGUGGAUAUCCACCUAGUGUUCUCUGUUCCAACUUUACUGACACAUACGGGGUAGAGGGAACAGAAUUUCCUUGUUAUCAUUCUCGUGAAAACCGUACUGUCGUACUAACACAUUAUGAAAGAGACGAGCAAAUAGCGAUCAUCAUACACUAUUUCGCAGUGCCCUUCGUAAUCACUUUAGCUACAUCUGUGGCCCUUUGUGUGAUGCACUGUGACUGCCGAUGUCACCCCACAACGCACCAUAAAAGAUCCAGACGUCCAAGAAUCGAAGAUUUGAGCGAUGGUUCUAUAAGCAUUGGGGUGGAUCUCAGGCACAAUACCAGCUACCAUUCGGAUCUAGUGGCUAUAAGGCCAAUGUAGAGGAUAAUGUGAUUCGUUUAGUCUUAACUUUCUGGAAAUUAAUCUAGAAUAUUUUUGAUCACUGUGAUGUGAUUGUAUGAUGACCAAUGUAUAGUAUUAGCUGGAAGGUUUUCCGCUUCCCGUUGAUUUGUCUUUGCUAUUGGUAAUGUUACGGAUCCUCAUAGAACACAAGAGAAAUUGAUACAUUGUUGAAAAAUGGUUCAGAACAGAGGUUAAAAUGAGUUUAUUUGAUAAUUUCCCAUUCAAUCUUGUUCUUCCUUCUAAAAUCGGGCAUGGUCUAGCGUUCCAUGAGGAUCCAAUUUUCAGUUCAAAUCUGACUGGAAUCAAAUAAGUAUAGUUGGAGAAGAAAAAACACUGUUACCCUCUGUUAGGAAUGGUUAUUUUUUGAUGAAUGUUAUUAUCUAUCAGUUUGAAAUUUCAAUUCUGGUUAGAUACAGAAUAUAAUAAUCAAAUAAUGCUGCCUACGUUGAAAGUUUUUUUUUUUUUGAAAAGUUUUAUUGUGAUGGUACUGCUUAUAUAUCUGUAAUAGCAAAAAAUAAGAAAACAGUUCUAUUGUUAUUCGAAAUAUUCCCAUUGACAAUCGAUGAACGUUUGCAUAUCAAUAUUUCUCUUCCGAUCAAGAAAAUUUCAAAAAAGGUCUUCGAAUAUCAAAAUGUUUCAUUUAUUUAAAAAUGAGGAACUAUCUUCCUUCCUGAAUAAAAAUGUUCUGCUCCUAAAGAGAAAUUUUAACCGGUAAAUCAAGGGGGAUAGCAGACCCUUUGAAAGGAGGGUAUAGUUCCACUCGAAGGGGCCCUUGCAUGAUUUAAACAAAAAGGACACCCCCUUCGAUGAUAACGGGCCACAACGACCUUUUCUUAUCGAAGAUUUCUCGAGUCACUUCCAAUGUCCCACGUUUGAUUAUUGAUAUUUGAUAUUGAUUUUUGUUGGUGAUAAUUUUAUGAUAGGAACAUCUAUAGGUUUGGUCUUUGCCUUUUCAGACUAGUGCCUCUGUUCGUCAACUACAUCUAAAGGCUCAUUUGUCACAGUCCACUAGUUAUUAUAUGAUCUAAUGGUGGUGAUUUAGAUGCAAGUACUGAGUUUUUGGUAUGUAGUUUAAAAUCUCAUAACUCCUUCAGGAUCACCCUCUUCUAGCAGCCAAGCUGUCUGAUCGAAAUCCCUGAAGGUACAAAUUGGUGAGUCUAUACUAACUUGGGACUACAAAACAGUCUUCAUCACAAAUGACAGUGACAAACGAGAUAACCUUGAUGUGGAUGAUGGAAUUAAAAGCUACGAGGAAGGAGAGGGGUAGUUCCAUUCUCUGGAAUCAUUUUGAUACUACUGGAUUGCCCGAGUAGAGACAAACUGAAAGUCCUGAAAAGAACCUGAGACUGGCAACGGGAUACUGUUUGCUAAGUUAGCAUCUCAAGUGUAAUUGCAUAUCUGUGGGUUCUGUAUUGCUGAAACUACAGGACACCUGCCCCUGUUCUUCAAAAAUGCAAGGUAUUGAGUAAGAAACUGAUCAAUUUCGUUAGAAGUUGACCUUGAUAGUUUAGGGUUAGAUAUAAAAGAGUUUAUAGGGCUGUAAAGCCGUUUCAACAACUUUACAAUCUUGUAAGAGAGAUGGAGUGUGUACACUCUAUUAUGAGUUUCACGUUUGCUAAUUUGGACGGGAUUAUAGUUUUGCCAGUCGCUUAUGUCACUGAUUGAUUGAUUAUUUAGAGAUAAAGUUCAAUAACCAAUUCAUAUUCGACGAAAUUUAAGAACUCAGUUGCGAGGACUGAUCGUAUUACGAGGCUUUCAUAGGACAGUUCACGAAAUAGCAACGCAGUUUUCGCCUAAAAAUACCUACUUUUCGCAGGCUUUGAUAUACUAUUAAAUGUUUCGGAAGACACUAUUGUGUAGCUAAACACGUGUUGUGGUUUAGUAAACCGAUUAUAUCAAAAUCCCUUUGGGAAAAUAUUUUUGAUCUGGGUUUUUGUUAAGUGUAGGCCUAUGCCAGUGUUGCCAUUUACGGAUACAUAAGUAGCAUUUCUGUGCAGUACGAAUAUAUUAGAAACAUAUGGUUUCCUUUUUAAUAGGUCUUGGAUUGGGAUGGUUAUUGUGAAAAUAUUCAAGAUUAAGUCAUGAAAAUAGACGAUACAAUAAUAUUUGUAUGUAUUUCCUGUAAUUAAAUGUAUAGGUAUACUUAUCUUGAAAAGAUAUUCAAUAAUUUUAUUAUAGGCUUUGGAACGAUUAUUAUUUAAAAUAGGAGCGUAUUGUACAUUUUGAUUAAAAUUGUAUUUUUAU